GUCCUGUGAACAGUUGGAUAAAAAUGAAAAUUUCAAUCUUCAAUGAAGUGUGAAGUGUAUUAAAAUUAUUUGAAUUAUAUUUUAAAGAAAUAUAAUUCAUAAUGAAUUCCACCAUUAUUUUUCGUCAUAUUAAAAAUAAAAUCGAUUAUAAACGAGUAUGGGGCUGUUAUUACUCAGUAAAACCUGAUGUAGAACUUAAACCAAAAGCUAGAACUGACACAUCUACUACAACAAAUCUUAGAUUCGCUUACAGAGAAUUUUUACCAGAUCCAAAAUCAGAAUGGAGAAAUGCUGUUCGAGAAAAAUUGGAACGUUCGGACAUGAUUGAAAGACGAACACAUAUUGAUAUUCCUGAAUUUUAUGUGGGUUCAAUAUUAGCAGUCACCUCGUCGGAUGUUCAUUCUGUUGGAAAAGUAAAUAGAUUCGUUGGAAUUUGUAUACAUAGAGAGGGGUGUGGACUUCGUUCAAAAUUUAUAAUACGAAACGUGAUUGAUAAUCAAGGUAUUGAAGUAAUGUAUGAAAUGUACGAUCCAACUUUACAAAAGAUUGAAGUAUUACGUUUAGAAAAACGAUUAGAUGAUAAAUUAUUAUACUUAAGAGACGCUUUACCAGAAUACAGUACAUUUGAUGUGAAUAUGGAACCAGAAUAUUUGCCUGAAGGUGCUCCCGUACCUAUAAAUACUACAAAGGUUAAGUUAAAACCCAGACCUUGGCUAGAAAGAUGGCAACGUCAAGACUUGAAAGGAGUAGAUGGCUUGGAAUAUGAUGAUUGUCGUGCUACUCCAUGGGAAAAAUAUGAUUUAAUGAAACAAUAUAAAGCAACAAUACCAGAGGAAGAUCAAAAUACAAUAUUUUCCGAAGUACAUUCUCAAUUACAUCAACUUGAGAUUACGAGAAAGAAAUUAAAACGGAAACGUACUUUCGUUGUUCCCAAGAAAAAGGCUUGAAAUUUGUUAAAUGUUUAACUUUUUAAUGAUAAAUUUAUA